AAUAGAUGCAGCAUUAAUUUAAAAAAAACUAUUGAUCUUUUACAGUAUAUAAUUAUUUUCUAUGUUUUGUAUAUUCCCAGAUGAUUGAUCACAGCAUGGCAACACAGUUCAUGUCACCCUAUGCAUACAUGGGGGCUCCUCCUUCAGUUGGGUACAAUGGAUACCCUAAUGGCAGAAAUGGGGGAUUUUCUUUCCGUAAAAGAGUAGAAAGAGUGGAUUGGAGAAAGAUUGCCUCUGUAGACAUAGACCAUAUCUCUCGGACAUUAGACUUUACCACACUACAAGAUAACGUCAUGAACAUAACAUUUUGUAACUUGGAAGCAGAGCUGGUAAUUUCUUUUAAUACUUUGGUGGCUUAUGAAAACUAAAUAAAUAAAAUAUUUGUAAAAUGGGAAAUAUAGCUCAAAUUAGAUAUUUUAAACUCAUAUAUUUAUUUUAUGUUUUAGACUAAUGAAACAUACAUGGGUUUAUGUCUUUUGUUAUGUAAGUUUGAGCAGUGUUUUUUUUGUGAGGCUGUUUCUGCACAUUGUCAGCCACUUUUUUCAAGAAGAAUAUUGAUAAAAAUAAAAACUUGUCAUGAAAAGAGUUCUGGAACCUUUGGUUCUACAAAGGAAACACAAGCUUUUAGUGUUAGUUUUAUUAAAAUCAGUGCUUUAUUAUAAGAAAAAGUGUGCAAGAAUUCCUAUUUGUUUAAUUUUAAAAAUGUACACUUAGAUAAUUGAAGUUAAAGUCUGCAAAUAUAGGUACCCGAAUGCAAUUUAGCAGCAUUCUGCGACAAAAGAGCUCUGAUUAGAAUAUAUUAUUGGAAAUCUCAUACAGAAAUUAAAUUAAUGUAAGUACCACUGUGAAUCCUUGCAAAAGCACUAACCAUCAGACAUAAAUCCUUUACGAUUUAUCAUCAUUUAUUCUGUCUUAUUAAAGUAUUUUGUAUUCUUCAGGAUAUUCGUUCCAUUGACCCCAAUUUUGUGAAGCUAUUCAAACUUGCUCAGCUUACGAUUGAAUACUUAUUAGUAAGUAGUAAGGACUUUUCUUCACUUUUAAAGUCACUUGAAAAGACAUUUUAACUUUAUUAUUUCAUUUUGCUUCUAAAUUGACUUGUGGUAUGGAUAUUUUCAACUAAUAUUCACACAAUAUUAUGAACUAAUAAUAACUACUUAAUAUUCUAUGAAAUCUGUUUAUCUAUGUAUCUAUUUAAAAUGACCAAUCACAAAGACUCAUUAUUUAUCUAUAGCACAGUCAAGAGUAUUUAGCUGGUCUAUGUGCAUCUCUGGAGGAAAAGGCUAAACUAUCAGAUCAGGUAAAGUUUUAAGUUUAAUUGGUUUUGAUUUGCUGUGAUUGCUUGCAUAAGGUAUUUCCUAAGUACUGAAAUCAGAGUUAAAUGUCUUUCAAUGCCUUUAAAAUUAUAGUUAUUUUCUUAAAGACCACCACACUUAUAAGUUAAGACCAGGGUCGCCAACUCAAAAAAACAAACUAUUGCAGACAAAUAUUCAAAGUCUCCACAAUUUUUACGGAGAAAAUAAUUUUUUAAGGACACAUGUUAAGAAUAAACUUACAAUUUUUAUUACCAUGAGGAUUGAGCCUAUUUUGUUACAUCAUUUUAUUAUAUCACAUAAUUAUCAGUGUUGAGUAUUCUUACAAGUUUGAAGCAAGCAAGAAGAAAUCACAAACCCUAAGAUUUCCCUUCUUGUUGGUUUCAAAAGAUUUUUUGUACACUAUCUCAUUUUUUUACAGACAUCCUAAAGUUUUUGCGAACAAGUCAUUUGUGGUAGAAUUUUUACUGAAAAUCCAUAAAUUUAAAGGCCACCCUGGUUAAAACCGGUCAUUUCAACUCGCCACCCCCCCCCCCCCCCCCCCCCAAAUCCCAAACAACAAAAACCCACAAGGAUUUAAUCAAAAAUAUUUUGUGCAUAUUUAAUUCAGUUUGGCAGGCAGCUUUUAAUCAAAAUACAAUUUUAAUGACAGGAAGUCGAAAAGAUAAAAAUGGAAGUGACAUCGCUUCAGAAAGAAUUGACCGAAGUGAAAAAAGAAAGUCAUAAAAGGAAAAAAUUGCUGAUAGCUCAGCAGCAGUUGAUGUAUGCAGGGAACGAGAGCUACAAUAAGGUAACAUGUGUGAACUGAAUAUAAAUAGCACGCCUUCUUUCUAGUCAAUUCAAUUGUGACAGGGUAUUUUAUUUUUGAAGAGUCCUUGACCGCAACCAAAUUGUCUGUAUAAUAAGUAUGGCACCUCUAUUAGCUAAUCUGCCUAUAUUUCUAAAGUGCUGUUGAAUUAACUGUAAGGGUUUACUCCCGUGGCCCUAGACCUGCCACCAUCCACGGAUAACAAGUCCCAUCUACAAAGAAGUAUUUCAAGGAUACUUCAAAAUUUAUAAACAAUAAUUAUUCACAGAACGUUAAAAAAGGAAAAAAUAAAUAUGCAGAAAAUAAAGCCUGUCUAAAAUUGCUGAAAACAUCAGCAGGGGGUAUUGGUGUCGGAGGGGAAAGGGAUUGGGGUCAUUGGAGGGGAAAGGGAUUUGUGUCAUUGGAGGGGAAAUAGCUUGGUGUUGUUGGAGGGGAAUGGGAUUUGUGUCAUUGGAGGGGAAAUAGCUUGGUGUUGUUGGAGGGGAAAGGGAUUGCUUUUAAUGAAGGGGAAAGGAAUUGGUUUUAAAAGAUCAGAAAGGUAUUGGUGUCAAGAGAUCAGAAAGUGAUUGGUGUCAAGAGAUCAGAAAGUGAUUGGUGUAGUCAAUGGAGGGAGGUUUACACAUUUUUUUUCAUUCAUUUGGAAAGUCAAAUAUUUUUAAAGUCCUACAGACCCUAAGAAUUGUGAAGGAUUAUUACAAAUAUUAACCUUUAGUCCUAUUGGUGAUGAUAAAUGUCCCUGUGGAUGAAAUGAGGUUAAAGAACAAAAAACAUUUGGCAUUAGUGUGUUGUUUAAAUGUCCAUGAUAGACUAAAAAAAUCUGUUUUCUUAAAGUAAUUAAUUAUGCUAGAUCAGGGUCAUGAAAAUUAGGAAGUAAUUGUGACAUCAAAAAAUGUUCAAACAGAUUAAAAAUGUCUGAUUAAUCAAUACAUUUUUUGUUUCUUGUAGUGCCCCUUCUGCGCUAAAGCUUUUCUCAACACCACUUUUCUACAAGCACACAUCACAAGACGCCACUCUGGGGCAAUCACUGCUAAAGAUGGUUCUAGCUCAGUUAGUCCCGAUCUCGGUGUUGGCUCAGAGAGUGGCAGGAACCACCUGGAAGCAGAAUUAAGCCAGAUCAAGGAACAGAUGCAGAGACAGCAGGCUGAGAUUGAAGCUGAGAGAAAAGCACUGCUUUCACUGAAAAAUAAAGUAUUUAUUUUGUGUCUUUACUAUAUUACAAUGACAUCUUUCCAAGAUAAAUACUUAAGUAACUUAGGGCUCUUAAAAGGAUUUUUCAACAUAAUUAUUUUUUAAGUUAUAAAUAUAUUACCCUCAUGUGUUUAAAAUUAACUUAUUAAUAUUUGAGAUAAAAAUAAAUAUAUCAUAGAACACACACAUCAGUUAAUUGGAAUGUUCCACAAAUGUGGCCAUAUAUUAUGUUAACAAUAGUAAUUUUUGUGAGACUCAGUGGAUUUAAUGAUGGUUGAUAUGGCCUCUUUUAAAAGGAAUAUUUUUUCUUCUUUAGGAUUCAAGAAUUCUGGCAACUGAGAUCAAACAAAAUAUUGCAGUCCAUUCUGAUUUGGGACAGGUGAAUAUCUAUGCAAGAUUAUUUAAAUAGGUAACAUUAAAUAAUAAAGUUGUAUAGAUUUGUGAACAUGAUGACCUUUCAUUACAGGAGGAGGGUGAAGCUGGUAUCAGCGUGGCAUUAAUGAGAGAAAUAAAAGAACUCAAUGCUAAGUUGCAAGCAUCGCAGAAGGCUUUGGUGGAGUUGGAAACAAGAACUGGAGGUGAGCUAAAUGUUAUCAGUUAUCCAGACCUUCAGUUAUCUGGAGUAUCAAUUUAUGAUCUAGCAAUGUACAAUUUAUACCCCAAAAGAGAAAGAAUGUCGUAUCUUCAUGGCACUUUGAGUGAGAAUAUAAUAAGGAUGAAAACACUUUUAUGUUCUGGAUCAAAUCUUUUUCAGCAAAGCUACAAUUAUAAUUUGUUGAAAAAACUGCCUUCAUUUCUGAUAUUAUCGCAUUGAUUAUUCUGAUUGAUUACAGGCUUAGCCUGGACACAAUUAGUCUUCAUAACUGAGAUUCAAUUAAAAAAAAAUUCUAUUUGACACAAUUUUCAAUAUCUUGCUGGUUCAUUUUUUAUUCUGUAACUGAAAAGUUUACAGGGUCUAAAGAACCUUUCAAUCACGGUCUCUGUUUUUGCUCACCAGGCAAGCGAUCUUAUCUCGGAGAACUUGUGGAUGACAAUGAGAUUGAUAAGCAGGAGGUAAAAGAACAGAAAUUGGAGAUAGCUGUCAUGAAGGAACAACUACAGCAUCAGGUGAGAUGUCAUUGAAUUUAAAACAGAAGAGUCUAUCAGCAGAUUUUUCACAUCAAGAUCAUGAACUUGGCCUUUUAAGAAGUAAUUCAAAUUGAAGUACGAAUAGGCAUGGGAUUUUACAGUGGCUUAUACUGAUUGUUGCGUGUUGAGUGUUGUUCAGGCUGAUGGGUACAUAAAGGCCAUAUCACAGGCUGGUGGGUACAUAAAGGCCAUAUCACAGGCUGGUGGGUACAUAAAGGCCAUAUCACAGGCUGGUGGGUACAUAAAGGCCAUAUCACAGGCUGGUGGGUACAUAAAGGCCAUAUCACAGGCUGGUGGGUACAAGGCUGGUGGGUACGUAAUGGACAUAUCACAGGCUGUUGGGUACAUAAUGGCCAUAUCACAGGCUGGUGGGUACAUAAAGGGCAUAUCACAGGCUGGUGGGUACAUAAAGGCCAUAUCACAGGCUGAUGGGUACAUAAAGGCCAUAUCACAUGCUGGUGGGUACAUAAAGGCCAUAUCACAGGCUGAUGGGUUCAUAAAGGCCAUAUCACAGGCUGAUGGGUACAUAAAGGCCAUAUCACAGGCUGAUGGGUACAUAAAGGCCAUAUCACAGGCUGAUGGGUACAUAAAGGCCAUAUCACAGGCUGAUGGGUACAUAAAAGCCAUAUCAGGCUCUAACAUCACAUGCUGUCACUCGACGUGCAACAUCAGCGGCGUAUUUUGUUAAUUUGUCUAAUACAAUAAUGCACUUAAUACUGCUGCUGUUGCAUGCAACACUAUAGUGAGACUUGUUACAAGUGCAAUGUUUAACAAUACAUGGUCUACAUAAUUAACUUUAAUUAUCUGUACUCAAAUGAAGCAUGCUAUAGAAAUAAACUUUUUAAUUGUUGGUUGGUGAUUAUAAAAUGUGAGCAUCUUGGUUUGAAUAAAGGCCACGUGGAGUUGAUGUUCUACAAUGUGAACAUCUUCUUCUUCUUCGUCUAUAUAUUAAGGGCCCACGAUCAAUUUAUUGAUCAUUUUGGCUCCUAUGCAUGUAGAGGGGCUUUGCAAUGUUUCUGUGCCUGGUGCUGAUUAGGAUAUUUCAAUGAUUACAAGUGCCACUUUGUGAAGGAAUCAUGCAAUGGGGGUUGGAAGGCUUGAGGCAAUAGACACAAAUGAGUCUAGUGUUGUCGCCUCAACUGUUUCUUUUGAAAGCUUGUUCCAGUCCCUGAUUGUCUUGGGCAGGAAUGAGCAGCUCCUAUACUGGCUUCUUGCUGGUAUGAGCCUGAAUUGCCUGUCAUCGCCUCGUCGCUGUCUAUGGGGUAGAGAGACGAGUUUAAAUUAUUUUAAAACUGUGCAGACAUUGCUAAUGAAGGGCCCUGAUCUUGAGCCCAUUUGGACUGAAAUGAGGCUAAAUUUGACCAGCCAAUACGUUUCCAUUAUAUCUUAAACAUUCUCUUGCUGCACAGCUUGACCAGAUGAAGGAACACAUGCAGACCAAGCUUGAGAGGCAGGGAAAGAAAUGGCAGAAGAAAAUGCAUAGGAUGGCUCAACAACAUGUCAGUGAAACAAAGAAGGUCAGUUUUCAAUUUUGUGCUCACUGAACAAAUGGAAAAAGGAAAAAAAUGAAACGGAUGUUACACUCUUCAAUCUCUUAAAAAAUAAAGUAUUUGCAUUUCAUGCCAUAGAAUUUAUUAUCAAUUUUAUUAAUUAAAAAAAAAAAAAUGAUUUGGUCAUCUAUUUCUCUUUAUCAGGUUAAUAUUUUAAUGUCAAUGAAUCUUUUAUAUUGGUCGUUUAAUGUUUGCAGCUAAAUAAUGCCUUAGAAACAACAACCCGUUCCCAAGAUGGCUUGCCUCCGUCCCCCAGAGCAGCUAGCAAUCAACAAAAGGAAGUAGAGCGCUUGUUAAAAGUAAGCUUUCUUACUGUGUCUAAUGGCAUGUCAUUAUAGAGCAGCAUGCACUCUUAGAUAAGCUUACUAUGCAGACCUUACGUUGCAUCAAAUACUUAAUUGUAUUUUCUCAGAAAUCUAUUGAUGUCACCAUUUUUUGGCGUAUUCAUGAAUUAAGCAAGUAGGCUUCUCAUACACUUACAUUAACAUAAUAUAGCAAAGGUUUAAAAAGGAGACAGGUGUUAAGCUUUAGCAAAUGUUCAUUGUAGUGUAGCAUAAGUUAAGAAUUGCAUAGAAAAAUUUAUUUAAUUUACACAAACAUUUUAAAAAUGCUGUUUUGUUAAACUAACUGUGUUUUGAAGCCUAAAACAUCUUUACAUGAACGACUUAUUUUUGGUUAAGGAUGCUCUUGAAAAUUAUUUAAAGUCAAUGAAAAUAGAAAUUGUAAGUCUGCAGUUAUCAUUGUUCUCGGCAUGGUAUUUGUACAUGCUUAUUAUUUCACUGUUAUGCAUUUCAUUAAUUUAUAUUGUGUUUUGUAAGAGGCUUAUUAGUUUUCUUAUAAUAUUAAAUAAGUUUUGUUAUACAAAUGUCAAUGGAACAUUUCAUUUUUCUGCUGUUUUGGGGGAUCUUUUUGUUACAUUCUAACAUUGACACCUUUUACAUUGGCAAGUCAUAAUGUGUUCAUUGCACUUGUAGUUAAAGAAAAAUAUGUAAGAAAGAAUCUGUUUACAAUAGCAUCACUGCAUUUCCCUUUUUAAUUAAAGCAUGUGCAAGUUAUAAUUUAUCAGUUUUUCGUCAUGUGCUGCAUAGUGAUUAUCAAUAACUUCAAUUUUCUCGAUAAUUUCUUUUGGAGAUGAAAUUCUGUUAACCUUUCAUGACUGGUAUAAAAGUCAGGUGUUAUGUUUUCUAUUUCAUGAAAGGUGUCCGUUGGUAGAACUCAGGUAAUUUGAUCUACGACAUAUAUUUAACACUGGGUGUGUGUGGUAUAAAUCUGGUCAUUUGAUAAGUUUUAAACUAAAUGGUCCAGUUAACUUAAAAAAUACAUUAAUAUUAUAAAACUCGUAAUGCAGAGGGGAAAAAAAUGAACAGAAUUUUAUACUCUACUUAAGGAAGAGUUUCUGCUGUUUCAAUUUGCUUUGAAGAUGAAAAAAAAUUAUUUAAAAAAAUCAUUGAAGCAAAUCCCUUUUCAUUAAAUAAAUAUUUCUUUGGAUCUUUACUUGUUAUGAUAUUUAUUUGAUCCAUUAAAUUGGUUUUAAAUGAAAUUAAGGCCUUUCAUCAGAGGCAUAAAAUGUUAAGUCAUUUAUCACUCAAGAAUCUUUGUCUUUCAAAAACAUUUGUUUUUUUAGUUAACACUACAUUAUAUUUGCAUUGGAUUGUUAGGUAUUAAAGGGAAAUAAUAAUACAAUAGGCUGGGGUUCAAUUAAAACUGUGGUGCAUAAACUAUUAAUUUUGGUCUUAAUUUUUAUCACAAAAUUUUGUAAGCUACUGCAUUAUUAUUGAUAUUUAGUCUCUUGCACUUGGUGUGGUUUAUUGAGUUCUUGCUCUAGUAAUACAACUAUCUUCAACCUGUUUUAUCAACAUAUUCACUAAUUACAAAAAUGUGUGAUGUGCAACUAAAAAUAACAAUGAUUUAUUUGCUGUUUUGGUGAGGAGCUGUUUCCAAGCUAUUUUAUUAAUAUAACAGUAUUAUCAGAUUAAUGGUGUUUAUUCUGUGUCCGUCUUACUUGUAGGUAAAAUGUGUUGAUUUCUUUUUUUAAUAUACUUGCUUUUUUAUGUUCAGUAUCUUGGGACAUAACAGAGUGUUGGUCUUACACAUUGCAUUAUGAGCCUUUGAUUUACAUUAGUGCAUGAGUUCUGUAACUAUGUUUAUCUCCCUUAGCAAUCCAGAGAACGAGAGAAGGCCCUUGAGGUGGAGGUACAGCAGAUAGAGCAAGAAAUUGUGCAAGCGGUACUUGUUAUUUCUCUUUCUUUUAUUUCAUUCAUUUGAGGAUUUGGUCUGAUUCUAAGCUCAGUUGAUGUUCAGAUUUAUUUAUAGAAUAUGGUCAUCAUGAUGUUAAUUAUUUCUUAUCACUUAAAAGCCAUAUUAUAUUAUUGCAUCUAGCACUAGAAUGUUUACAAUGCUUGCGCAUGGACAAUGUUUCACUAACACACAAUGCAUUAGAGUCUUGGAUCAUUUAAUAAUUGAUGGGUAUUUAUCUUGUAAUAUUUUAAAAAUAAAUUAAAUCUGAGGUAGAAACUGUUCUAAAAAAAUUAAUGUAAUUAUAGUUUAGUUAAGUUCGUUGUAUAAAUUUAUAUAUUUGAUUUGAUGAGUUCAAAAAGUAUAUAUUUUGAUUGAGUUAAAGAAACCCCAAAUGUAUUUAGUUUCAUUUAGUCGGUGGGCCCCAAAUUUCAACAAAAUUUGAUUUCUAGACAUUUAUUAAUAAUGUAGCAAGCUGCAAGUGUUGUCGUCACGUCAACAUUUAGUGCCAGUUCUCGCUGUAGUAAUAAAUCAAUAAUUAAAAAGCCCCAAGGACUACUUCCUGUUGCAAUCAACAACUGAUCUUUAAUUAAAUCCGUGACAGAGUGAAGUCAAACCACUGAGGACCCCUCCACUCAGCAAAAGUCCAAGGUCAAACAUAAACCAGCAAACCAAUAAACCAACCAACCAGCAAACCAAUGUCAUCCAAAGUCGACCCAUCAAACCGAGCAGCAUGUAUCCCAGUGAUGAGGAGGAAAGUACAGGUUGGUUUGAUAUUACUAUCAGAUAGUUUGAUAUUAGUAGCAGAGUGUUCGAUGUUAUUACCAGAGAGUUUCAUGUUAGUACCUGACAAAUCAGUAUGAUACGUUAUAUGGAAUUGCGAAAUUAAUCAGUUUUCACAUUUGACUAGUUAGAUGAACAAAGACACCAAAGCUAGUGAUAUUAAAAAUAUUCAAUUUCAUUUUACUAUAUAAUUGAUUGGGAGACUGUGCUGUUGAUAUAUUUUAAUAGUGAAAAGUUUCUCAUCAAAUGUGAUUUUUAAUGACAUUUAUUGUUAUUUGGACAUUGAAUAACUGUAUUUGUUCUCUAACAUUAAAAGAGUUAAACAUUUGUUCCAUAACUCAACAGUCAUUCUCCUUUAUGUCCCCAGCUUUCGGCACUGGCACAAGUAGUUUGCGUACUAUUGGUGGCUCCACUUUAGGGUAAGCUAUCUAAAGCUUUUAGGAAUUGAGAAAUAAAAUAUGUCUGGCAUAUUUACUAGAUUCAUAUGAAUUUAUUUACAAUGAAAUUGAAUUGCUACAAUGUAGCAACCAAAGAAAGUUAUGUUGGAGUAAAAAUAAUUUUAUAUCAUUUAUUAACAAGAAAAAGUUUAAAGCUUUUAUUCACUUGUUUUGACAGGCAAACAGGAACACAGACUCUGCACACCAGCCAGUUUUUAGAGGAAUUUCGUAAAAACCCAACCCUGGCGUUAAUGAGGGAACAGUUAGCCGAGCUGUUACAGGAGCAUGUGGAGAAGAAAGGGAUACCACCUGUGAGUACUUCUAGGACCAGACCAGUGUACUUUUGUGGAGAAGCAUUUGUUUUUGACAUGCUAUAGGUCCAUAGAUGGGAUUUAUUAACAUUUAUUAACUGAUGUAUUAUAGCUGUUGAUAUAAUGCCACCCUUAUAUUUCUGUACAUCGAAAUAUUCUUAAAAAAAAUCCCCAGUAAAUUUAGAUUCAUUUUCUUUCUACAAAUUUUAAAGUCUUAAGAGAAAAGCUGUGAGAUGAUAAACACAGAUGGUCACCUUGAUACGAAAAAUGUUGAUCAAAGCUACAUACAGAAAUCUUUCAGAAAUUGUAUAACCAUUUAUUGCAUUUUUGUAUUGCUGUGCUUUGAUGUAGGCCACACGAAAGGAACAUUAUAUAUUCAUAAAUUUAAAAUGCUUUUCUGUGGUAAAGGUUUUAGCUGAAACAAUUUUAAAAUAAUUGAUUUACUUAUAAUUUGUUUAGCCCUUUCCUAGAGAUAUGAAUCGUCACAACAUACAUCAGCCAUCUUGUAACCACUAUAAUGGUGGAAGAGGGCAUACGUCUUGCAGGAAAAAGAAAGUGGUAAACAGCAAAUGCCGUUGAGUUAGUGGCAAUUUCCUUGGCCUAAUUCACUGUUGCCGCCUGUUCAUGUAUCAAACUGUUGAAUGUUGUGGAAUGUUCAAUUCCUUUUUCUCUCUUGGUUAUUUUAACUUCAGGCGUUAAUGAUGUGAUCUUCUGGACUUGACUUCAAGUUAUCAAAGUCUUAAAAUGGUUGACACUUCAAUGUGUUUUUAAACUCAUCCUAACUAUGAAACGUGGGGGCAUAAUGGUUUGCAUCAUAUAUCAUUAUUUUGGCACUCCUGUGAAGGUUUAAAUGUUAACAAAUAAAUAAUACCUCAAACUCACAAAAGAUCACAUGCUUUUUAUUUGGAUUAUCUUAAACAUGUUGCUAUUUUUGUUCUUGUUCAUUUUUUUGGAUCUUACAUACAUGUUGACCAUUAUAGAAUCAGACGGGUAUCACAGACCAGGUUCUCGAGAGCAAACUCAACAUGUUACGGACUCAGCGAUAUGUUAAUAUACAGGUUUGAGAGCCAUAUUUCAUCUUAACCUAUGAAAUUUAUUGUAGGCUUAGUUUAAAAUUAAAUCACUUGAGCAUUCUUUACCAUGAAAUCACUUGUCUUGAUUGUUUUUGACCUAAGGUAUUCAUGAAAUCACUUGUCUUGAUUGUUUUUGACCUAAGGUAUUCAUGAAACCACUUGUCUUGAUUGUUUUUGACCUAAGGUAUUCAUGAAACCACUUGUCUUGAUUGUUUUUGACCUAAGGUAUUCAUGAAUGAAUUUCAUUAGGCACUAGGAAAGACAAAUACAUUUGAACAAAAUAAGCUCUCGUCUGACAUACAAAAAUAGUAAUUCUUUUAUGUACAGUUUUUAACAAGCAAAACGAAUCAAAUCAGUUUUUUAAUGUAAAGGAAGUAAACUUAGCUUUUACUAUUUGAGGGAGACCAAAAUAGUUUAUUCACCUGAAUUAAUUCUUCUCUGUACUUAAAAUCUUUAGCAGUAACAAAAAUUUGGUACUUGAUGUAAGCAAAUUUCAAACUUUAUUUAAAGGUAAAAGAAUUAAAAAAAAAAAAAUGCUUGUUCUGCAUAAAGUGAAGAUAACAAGUUUAAAAAUAAACGUUCACAUCUUAAUUACACUCUUGUUGUUGUUUUCACUUAUGCAAAACAAGUUCUAAUUGAUAAAUAUACUCUUUAAACAAAUUAGAGCUUGAAAUUUCUAUUUAAACAAAUGAACCUCUAUAUGUAAAUUGUUUGUUUCUUUUCCUGUGUCAAUAUAAUUUAAUAAAAAAGAAAUUAAUUUAUUUUUUAAUGUUUAAAAAAUUACACAUCUUUAGAAAUAUCCUAACUUCCUGGAGUUAAGAGAUCACUUUAACAGGAAGGCCACAGAAGAAGCCAGGAGACAAUUGAAAAUGCAGAUGAGUUCACCAAGAGGUCAACUCUCAUCAGGUAAGACUGUUAAUCUUCAUUUAAAUUUUUAAAAAUUUCUUGUUACCCGAGGUUAGCAAAAUUAUACUUUUUUUUAGUAAACUAAUGGCACAUAUUGUAAUGUUUGAAAGGUUUACAACAAAAAAUAUGCAUACUUAAAAAUGUGACUUUUGAGAUAAAAUUUAUUUUAAACUUUGAAGUAAAAAUAAAAAUCUUGUGGUUUACCUCUUAAUAAAAUUAUGUGAUUGAAAUGCUGAGACCCAAAAACUUGAAAUAGCAAACAUACAGGGCAGAAAAUAAAAUUUUUUAGUAUCGCUAUUUAGGAAUGCAUAUUUUUUUUAUUUGCACCCUUAAUUAGCUUUAAUGUAACAUUGCUAUAAAUUUGUUUGCUUUUCAAUUUGAAAAGAGGUAAAUUUAUUUUCCCAAAGAUUUUUGUUGUUGUAGAUAGAUGUCGUAAAUACACCAAUCAUGUGAGUUAAUUAGCCAGCAAAUUGAAAAUGAUGGUUUCAUAUGUUUAAAAUGUUUUUUAAUGAAAACUUUAUUACAAACAAAGCAAUUUUUUUUGUUUUCCUGAAAAGUCUUAUCAAUUUUAAACAGUGAAGUUAAAAAAAAUGAAUACACAUAUUUAAAAAAAAAAUAUUAAAAAAGAUUACUUUAAAAACAAAUUAACAUUUAGUAAUUAAUUGAUAACUCUAUUCAUCAAUUUUCUUUAAAGACCACACUUUCUUACUAUUUGAAUAUUUUCAAAGACUUUGUUUGAUCUAGUUUAAUCUUUUAGCAGUUUUAAAUUACAGUUAAUAAGUGUUUUUUUUUUCUUCAAAAAUUUUGUUGUUUCUUUUUUAAAGUUUCCUGUUUUCUAGUGAAAUUUGAAACCUUCUAUUAAUAGCACUUAGCAGUAGCUGUGGUGUUAAUAAUGUUUUAAAAUUUUUUUUAUCGCUUCCAUUGUUUUUUUUGUUUUAAAACAGGACCAAGGCGAAGACUAGGUAUAUUAUAUGAUUUCUUCUUCCUCUAUAUAUUAAGGGCCCAUGAUCAAAUUAUUGAUUAUUUUGGCUCCUAUUUGAUAUCUAUUUGUAAAUUUUAUAUGUUUAUAAAUGUUAAUUUAUUUUGUCAUUAUUUUUGUUGUGAACAUUUGAAGUGGGUUCAAUAAAGUGACCUCAAUUUCUACAUCGUGUAAGAUAAUAAAAAUUUUAAGCAAAAUACUGUGAAGUGCAUUUUUGUUAAAAACCAGGACAAAAGUAAUUAUUGACAAUGUUCAAUGUGGGGGUGGAGAUAAUGAUUAAUGUACAAGUUUACAAAAUAGUUAUAUUUAAAUGUUACAUGAGUUUAACAAAAUUGUAGAGAUAGUCUAAAGAGGUUUAAAUAAGCAUGUCAGCUAAUUAUUGACAAUGUUCAAUGUGGGGGUGGAGAUAAUGAUUAAUGUACAAGUUUACAAAAUAGUUAUAUUUAAAUGUUACAUGAGUUUAACAAAAUUGUAGAGAUAGUCUAAAGAGGUUUAAAUAAGCAUGUCAGCUAAUUAUUACAUUCAUUAUGUUAAAUGUUUUAGAAGUAUUGUGUGAGAAUCUUUUCCAACAUUGAUUUCUGUUUAGAACUGUCCCCACAUUCAACACGUCAAAAUCGGCCAGCAUCGAGUGGUCCCCGUGCUGGACCGCCGCAUCCACAACAAAACCUGUCAGCUCAACGCACCACCCCCCGUAGUUCCAGUGGACCACCUUCUGUGCCCACCACCAAACCACAGCCCCAGCCUAGAGCUGCGUCAGCACUCAGUGGUAGAACACCACUUUCUACAGGGUAAGUCUCUCUGAUUCAAUGUGGAACAUUAAUAAUAAUAAUAAUAAGACGUCUUAUAUAGCGCGAUAACCCAGCCUAGGGCUGGGCUCACCGCGCUGUACAUAAAAUUUUUUAUCAAAAGAGACAUAAUCAAGACAUGAAAAUAAAAUACAUUUAUGAAAUAAAGAACAGCAAUGUAUAUUCACCCACCCCACCACAUAACUUUUACAAGGCAAACCAUGGACAGCAGCCAGCAAGAUUGUUUAUCAAUCACAGGAGGGGAAUCAGUCAGGGUAGUAUAAUUUAAAAAGAUAUGUUUUGAGUGCAGUUUCGAAGGCCUGGGUGGUUGGUAUAUUGCGUAUGUUUAGUGGCAGAGAAUUCCAUUGUUUGGGCGCGCAGAAAGAGAAAGAUCGUUCACCGUAUGUUUUAGUGUGUGUCUUGGGAACGGACAGAAUACGCGUGUCUGCAGAGGAGCGAAGCUGUCGAAGGGGUGAACAGACAGAAAGAAGUUCGGUUAGAUAGGAAGGGCAGGAAUCCAAGAAAAAGUUGUGACAGAGAACAGACAACUUGUAGUCAAUGCGUGCCUGUAUAGGUAGCCAAUGAAGGGAAUAGAGUAGUGGAGUGACAAGAUCACGUUUUUUUGCCUUUAAAACUAACCUAGCAGCUGAGUUUUGAACUUUCUGCAGUUUUUCUAUGCAGUGUUUUGGUGAACCUGACAGAAGAGAGUUGCAAUAGUCAAGACGAGAGAGAACAAGAGCACAGACUAGAGAUUUUUGUAGUGCUAACUAUGAGGUAGUGGCGUAUGGAGCUGAUCUGACGGAUAGUGGUGUAUGCUGAACGACAAAUGUGAGAUAUGUGUUUAUCGAGAGACAUGUUGUUAGAAAGAAUAUAACCAAGAUUCCUAGCAGAGGGUGUAAACCGUACGUCAGAGUUACCUACUUGAAAUGAGUUAGGAAGAGUUGAGGUAGAGGAUGAUGUGUGAUUUUGGAUGAGGAGUGCCUCCGUUUUGUCAUCAUUAAGCUUCAACUUGCUGAGUGUCAUCCAUGACUUGACAUCAUCAAUGCACCCCCGCAAAGUCUGGACAGCGGAUUCAACAAGAGAAGGAUGGGUAUGCUUGUAUAGCUGCGUGUCAUCUGCAAAUGACUGGCUCUUAACAGCAUGCCUCCCAAGCAAGAGGAGCAGUGGUCUAGUAUACAAUGUGAAUAGAAUAAGGCCUAAAACGGACCCCUGUGGUACCCCGUAAACCAAAUCAGCACUGCCUGAGAGACAGCCAUCGACAGAGACCGCCUGCGUUCUAUCAGAGAGGUAGGACAUAAACCAAGCCAAAACUGAACCAGAAAUUCCAAAGUAAUUUUCAAGGGUUUUGAAAAGGAUUACAUGGUCAACAGUGUCAAGGCCGCACUGAGGUCUAAGAGGAUCAGGAUGGAGAUAUCACCCCUGUCCAAUGCGAGCAAGAGGUCAUUGGUCACUCUCAAGAGAGCCGUCUCUGUGCUGUGGAAAUGUCUAUAGGCCGACUGAUUAGAACUGAGAAGAGAGUGGUCAAUUAAAUGAGCAAAAAGUUGUUUUAGAACUAGUUUUUCAAUAACUUUAGAUAAAAAUGAUAAGUUAGAUACAGGUCUACAUUCACCUUCAUCUAUAGCUGGUUUUCCCAACCUGGGGUGUUUGCACACUCAUGGGGAAUAGGGUUGCAAGGUGGUAUUUCAGGCAGAGAAAAAGUGAUUUAAUGAAAGAGGAGCCAUUUACUUUUAAGUUUGAGAUAAAUUAUUAGAUAUUUUGUAAAUUCAUUAUUUUAUUUAUGUAAUAAUUCACAAUUUUAUUUUCUAAGCUCUUCGCUUAUCUUCAUAAUGUAAUAAACAAGUUAGAAGUCCAUUUUUAAAAACAAUUUAAGAAUGUUUUGUAACUUUUGAAAGUGUGCGAGACUUAGUCAAACAAUUUGGGGGGGGGUGCCAGACUUAGUCAAACAAUUUGGGGGGGUGGCAGACUUAGUCAAACAGUUUUUAGGGGUGUGAAACUUUAUCAAAGAGUGAUAGAGGGUGCACAUUGGCUGGGAAACCCUAAUCUAAAGAGUCUAUAAUUGUAAUUCAUGCUCCUUGCCCAGAGUGAUACAGCUCUUAUGGAGACAUAAGAUUGUACGAAUAAAUAGAUAUGUAUGCAUAAGAUUGAUCUAAUACAUAGAUAUGUACACAUAAGAUUGAUCUAAAAAAAAUAUAUAUACACAUAAGAUUGUUCUAAUAAAAGAUAUGGACACAUCAUCAUUGAUCUAAUAAAUGGAUGUGUGUUCAAAUAGAAUCAAGCUGCACUUUGCACACAGAUAUCAACUCUCAGCCUUUCAUAGUUUGACCUUGUUUGUUUUUGAGACUAAAAUCUGAGACUUUGUGUGGCAGGUCAACAACAGAGUGGACAAGUACGCAGUUUGAUAGUGACGAUGAGUCAGCAGAGGACAACCCACCGUCAGUCGGAGGGAAAGCAUUUAUUGCCGCUCCCGGGGUCAGGUUGAUUCAGUCUGGCCCAGCUCAGGUCCCGAGUCCCAGUCCACGAACCCAAGGACCAAAAGCCCGUCUCAUACAGUCAAGACCCAUGAAUAAUAAUGCAGAUGAUGAAAUCGAUGAUAUCUUAGAAUCUGACAGGUGAGAUGAAGGAGAUAACUUAGAGUGCGUCAUUAGGGAUGAAACUUCCAAUCUUUGCUUCAACUCGUUCACUGACCCUCACUUUCCUGUCUAUCUCUCUGAACUGUUGCUUCCUUACAUCCCCACAAGACAACUACGUUCUUCCAUUGACAGUAGAACCCUCUCAAUCCCAAGAACUAAAACUAAGACCAUCGGUGAACGCUCCUUCUGCUUCCAUGGGCCCACGUUCUGGAACCAGCUUCCCUUCCAUAUACGUCAUAGUGAAACCUCGUCCAUUUUCAAAAAGUCCCUUAAAACUCAUCUGUUUAGGUCCGCCUAUGACCUGUGAUGCACCCUCCUUGCCCUACCUAAUUUUCUGUUUCGGUUUAAUCCUGAAGUGUCAAAGUGUCCUCUUUUUAUAGCCAUUUUCAUUGUUUCUAUAGAAUAGUAGUUACUAUCCUAGUGUCUCAUUUGUAUUUACUUAGUUUACAUGUUUUAAUAAUUGUAAAGCGCUUAGAGCUUUAUGAUAAGCGCUAUAUAAAAAUGCCUAAAUAAAUAAAUAAAUAAAUAAACUCUUGUGGUUGACCUGGAAUACAUUCACAAGGGCAGGGGUUGAAGGAGAGGGGAUACUUUUUACAAAUUAUAAAUUGUCAUUGAUUGAUUCUGGUUUAAUUUCUACCAGACAAGACAGAAACUCAGCAGCACAGGAGAGGGGGACUGGAGGUGUCUCCAGCUUGAGAAAGAACAUAGAGAGUCAACUUGGAGUGAGUUUGUUGGGAGAAAUUAUUUUUUUAGACUUUAUGACAGUUUUGUGCUUUUGCUGGACACAAGUAAAAUUUGAUUUGUACAUGUGGGUACUUUAAUUAUGUGGGUAAUUUAAUUAUGUGGAUACUUUAAUUAUGUGGGUACUUUAAUUAUGUGGAUACUUUAAUUAUGUAAUACUUUGCUACUGUUAGAGAACCUUUGAUUAAAUGGACUGCUCACAAUGCCCUAACUCUCAUCUGCUAAAAUUGAACUUUUUCUUCCAGGCUCGUUCCCCAAAUUCUAAGCCUUUUGGGGGUGUUGAUACAAUGGGCUCAGGAGGUGGGAAGAAACCCAACGUUGGGGUAGGUGCAGUAAUUAAUAUAGAUGUUACCGGCAAUGUCUGAAAUCCGGCAUUAUAUAGAAUGCCUAGGAAUUAUAUAGAGUGCCUGAAAAUUGUAGGCAAAGUAUGAAAUGGUUUAUAUUUCACACAUUUCCUAGGCAUUAUAUACAAUGCCGAAGAGCAACCCGGCAAUGUAUAGAAUACCCCGUCAUAAAUGCUUGAUUCGUUGCUUAGUGGUGGCGUUGCGAUCGCGACACACGUGCUUCAUGCUCCCGCCAAAGACGCUUGCGCCUAUUGUUUGAAGACGGCUGUUGAGUUGUUGGAAGAUCAGAUUGUAGCUUCAGAUCAGGAAUCACGGUAUGUUUACAUGCAACGGCGGUUCUACGAUGAACAUUCUCAAUUGCGAGCCAAUAGUGCUAAAAACUGCAUUUCUCUAAUGGAAACUAGUUACCAAAAAUUGGUGGUUGAUGUAAAAAGAAACCACGAGACUAUUGACUGCUGAAACGGUAUUGUGUAAUGGCGGUAGAGAACAAAAAUAAGUUGAUCUAUCCUGUUAAAGAAGGAGACAGUGCUAUUCAGUUCUAUGUCACGGAUUCUGAAUUAUUUGAUGAGGCUCAUUUGGCCGUGGGACAAGAACUUUCACACAAGUAUAAGAACAAAAAGGUGUCAAAAAUGGUGUUGUGGUGAAGCCUAUGAUUUUUUCUGAAUUCAACUCCUGUGGUCAGGUCGAUCUUGUCGAUUUUCAGUCCCAUCCUGACAGGGAAUAUACAUUUUUAAUAGUGUACCAAGAUCAUCUCACAAAGUUUGUGUUUCUGAGGGCUCUAACAUCAAAGAGGGCGAAAGAGGUCGCCUACACAUUCGUGGAAAUAUUUACUUUGCUUUGAGCUUCAUCAAUUCUACAGUCCAUUAAUGGCUAGGAAUUUACCAACUAUGUGGUGAACAGCCUAAAGGAGUACUGGCCCAAGUUGAAGAUCGUCCAUGGUAAACGGCGCCACUCACAAAGCCAGGGCAGUGUCGAAAGAGCUAAUCAAGACAUCGAAAACAUGCUAUGUGCUUGGAUGCAAGAUGAAAAAACUGACCACUGGGCUGAGGGAUUACGAUUCAUCCAACUUAUGAAGAACAGGGCCUUUCAUUCUGGGAUUAAUAGAAAGCCUUACGAAGCUCUGUUUGGCUGUAAAGCUAAAGUGGGCCUCGCAACAUCUUCCAUACCCCUUGACGUUUUGCAAGACAUACAGACUGAGGAAGAACUCGAAAAAAUAAUAGAAAGCGUAAAAACAACACAGCAGGAAGAAGCAAAUCGUCAGAUGCAAGGUACAGAGCCAACUACACAGAAUACUGAAGAGAAUGCAACAAAUAAUGGAGGAAACCAAACCGAUGUGACGUCAUGGUUACCGAAGAGCCUUCCACUUAUGGUGUUUGUUGUGUCUGCUUAAAAGAAAGCAGCGGUGCCCAUACUUGCCGAAACUGUCAUCGUAAUGUUCAUGUUAUCUGUGGGCAUGCUGCUAAAGACGAUGGAGACGAGGAAAUAAAAGGUUACGGUGUUGGUAUUUUGUGCAGCUUGUGUUUCAAGAUGAAGAGAGCUGUAGAGGCUAGAAAAGAAUCUAAAUCGAACCUUUAAAUCCAGGCAAAAAAAUUGAAAAUAAACUCUGACAAAAAAUUCCCUCCUUCACCUUUAGGAGCCACUGUGCGAGUUCCUAUUCCUGACGUUGACAAAGGACGAGGCGACUCGCGCAAUCUGUUGCCAGUUCUUAUGACAGAGAUAGAAGACAGCUUUUACCGACUUGUAAAUGCACAAGGAAUCUUGAAACAAUUGUAUUCAAGAUGACAGUUCGCUGUAUGUCCAAAAGAUUUAUUGAGAGUUGAGCACGUCCCUGACCAUGAAAUACCUCUCCGAUCUGCUGCUAUCUCUCUGUCAACAGGAAGCGGUUAAGGAUUUGUAAGGGGUAUGUGCAAGACCAGGUGCAAAACAUGAAGUGUCUUUGUGUGAAAAAGAUAAUUAAGUGCAGUUCAAAAUGCCACUCCAGCCUUACUUGCUGCAACAAGUAGCUCGAUGCCACCUUUGCUUGCCGGUUUCAUUGUUAUCUUUCGUUUUCAAAUAUGUUUUUCCAAUAGAAACAUUUUCUUUACGCUCUUUUGAAACUUUGCCUGAAUUAUAUUUGUCAUUAUAUAUAAUACCUAGGCAUGGUAUAAAAUGCCUAAGCAAAGUAUGUAACUUAAUCACGAAAAUAAAAUAUUUCAUACUUUGCCUAAAACCGCCAGGCAUUCUAUAGAAUCCCUGUAUUUCACACAUUGCCAGUAAUAUAGACAUUUAUAGAAUUUAUUCAUUAUUAUUUAAUACACAGAUUAUUAGCAGGGUGGAAUAGUAUGAUAAACUUCUAAGUUCAUAUAAAAACCAAAUGUUUGUUUUUCCCCAUGAAGGAUGACUUUGAUGAAGAGAGUGAUUGGGACAGCACCGCACCUGAGGACCCACUACCUGCAGCACAAAGGUAAGACACCUUAGUUACAUCGUUGUCUAUCGUUUUUUGUGUGGUUUUUUUAAUGUUGCGUACUUAUUCCAGUAGCUGUAACUUAACUGGCAAGCUUGCAGCUAUUUUUGUAUAGUGUGCCAGAUUUUAAUCACAAACAAAUUUAGCUUUUUUCCUAGUGGAGUUUUUUUUUUUAAAUGAAGGUUUUCCUCCUCCCCAAGUCUAGCUGCCUUAUUUGACUCUUGUAUCCUUGUCUAGCUGCCUUAUUUGACUCUUGUAUCCUUGUCUAGCUGCGUUAUUUGACUCUUGUAUCCUUGUCUAGCUGCCUUAUUUGACUCUUGUAUCCUUGCCUAGCUGCCUUAUUUGACUCUUGUAUCCUUGUCUAGCUGCCUUAUUUGACUCUUGUAUCCUUGUCUAGCUUCCUUAUUUGACUCUUGUAUCUUUGUCUAGCUGCCUUAUUUGACUCAUGUUCCCUUGUCUAGCAUAAAACCAGAAAACUAAUAAUCAUAAGAAUGUCCUUGACCUUAAUUGUCUGACCAGGCGACCCCCUGCAAGGGUCAGCACAGAUGGGAUGUCCACCAACACGUACGGUUCCAGUGCCUGGGGAUCAACUUCCAAAGCGGCCAGCACCGUCAAGGACAAGGACAGGAGGUCCACCUCACGCAGCUCUCACUACAGCAUUACGUCAGUCAGUUCAGAUGAAGAGAUGAACGUCGAUAAUAUUUGAACAGUGAUGGUAGUCUAGUGCCAUGUAUGCUUUUAUGAAAUUUCAAUAGUCAUUAGAAAUUAAAGGAUGGUUUUUUUUUUGGUCAUAGAAACCGUGAGUCACCUACUGAGUUAAAAUCAAAAUGAUUUGGGUAUAUUUGGGUAUAUAGUGAAUAUUUGAUUACAGUCACCACAAGAAAUCCCCUUGUUACUUGUUCUACAAUCUAAGUGAGGUCAUAUUAAAAAAUGAAUGUAUGGGAAUGCACACUUAAUCGAGAGUUUUGUCCCUUGCCUUGGUGUUAAAUGGCACUCAACUUAGAUAACAAUAUCCAGAGUAGAAAAUGUUUUAAUACUUUUGAAAUUCAAGUCCCAGAAUCAUAAUAUUUAUAUGCACUCAAGUAAUCAAGAGUUUUGUCCCUUGCGGUGGUGUUAAAUGGCACUCAACUUAAAUAACAAUAUCCAGCGUAGAAAAUGUUUUAAUACUUUUGAAAUUUAAGUCCCAGAAUCAUAAUAUUUAUAUGCACUUGUAAACUUGAGUCUUUGAACAGUCGGUUCUUCACAUCAUGAUUUUACCAAGCAGGUGAAACAAUUGUAUUAACAGCAAACAGUAACAGACAUUUCACCAACAGAUUCUUUUGUCACACAAUAACUUUAUUCAUUCAUAUCCUAAUAGUGAAUAAACAAAACUCUGUGGGAGACCACUGCGCAAAUAGCAUUUAUGUGUGUCUGAUUCCUAUUUUUGGAAUCUGAGGAAAACCUUCUGAGACCACGGUGCAAGUAGCAUUUAUGUGUAUCUGAUUCCUAUCUUUGGUAUCUGUGGUAAACCUUCUGUCCAGAAAUGAUAACUGUCAAAUGUAUUGGUUUUGACAUGAAGUAUUUCCCUCCAAUUUAUCCAGAUUAGAUUGAGUUGAAAUUUUUAAAAAGCCUUUUAUUUAAGAACUUUUCCUUAAAUCACAUUGUGAAUCUCAAAUGAUUUAUUGCAAUGUUAAUUUUUUAAUUUUUUUUAAAAAUGUUGUCACUUUAAUCAAAAAAAGGCGAGUACUUAAUUAAUCCUAACAUUGUGAUGGUGGACUUGUUCUUUCAAAACUUUUUCUUACAUUGCUAAAGUUGUUGAUAUUUUAUCUCCAGUAUGUUGGCCUUUGCUCCUCUGUAUGAAGAAGAGAUCUUAAUCUGUGGAGUACUUGUUAAUUCAGAUUGAACUUUGUGUAUCUUGCCAGAAUGUCAUAAAUCAAAUAGACAGAUUUUAUUGAAAUAUUUUAAACAUUAAUAUUUAAAAAAAAAAAAAAACAUAAACUAAUAUACCGGUAAUUAAACUGCAAUAAAAAAU